AUGUCGCAACCACACAAGACCAUUGCCGUCGUAAAUGCGACUGGACGGCAAGCAGCAUCUCUGAUCCGUGUCGCGUCGGCCGUGGGAUACAGUGUACGCGCGCAAAUCCAUUCUCUCAAAGGUCUCAUCGCCGAUGAGCUUCAGAGCUUGCCGAAUGUCACCCUCCUCCAGGGCCCUUUACUCGGUAAUGUCCAACUGAUGGACGCCCUGUUCCAGGGCGCGUCGCUGGCAUUUAUCAAUACCACUUCGCAGUCCGGCGAUGAGGUCGCUAUCGGUCGUGCGCUGGCCGAUGCUGCAAAGCGCGCUGGCUCCAUCACACAUUAUAUCUACAGCAGUAUGCCGGAUCACUCCGUUCAUGGCCCUUGGCCUGCCGUUCCACAAUGGGCUCCUAAAUUCACCGUCGAGAACUACAUACGCCAGCUUGGUCUUCCGUCUACCUUCGUUUACGCCGGUAUCUACAACAACAAUUUCACUAGUUUGCCAUACCCGCUUUUCCAGAUGGAGGUUCUGCAAGACGGCUCCUUUGAGUGGCGCGCACCAUUUGAUCCCGAAACUCCUCUGCCCUGGUUAGACGCCGAGCAUGAUGUCGGCCCUACGCUUCUCCAAAUCUUCAAAGAUGGACCAAAGAAGUGGCACGGACAUCGGAUCGCUCUCACAUUUGAAACCCUUUCUCCCAAUCAGGUGUGCGCAGCUUUCAAUCGCGCGCUCGGUCGACCCUGCCGAUAUGUGCGUGUACCAAAGAUCGAAAUUAAAGUCAAUAUCCCCGCGGGAUACCGGGAACAGCUCGAGGCAUUGGAGACGCUGUUUGGCGAAUUCAAUGCCCCUUACUUCCCGCAGCCCGAGUUCUCGCAGCCGGCUGCAGGCUCACCGAAAGGUCUGGGUCCGGCUGGCGGGAAAGGUGCUGGUGCGGGCAUGAUGCAAGGGCCUGGCGGUGUCAUUUCGCUCCGCGUGACAGACGAGGCUCGGUACCUGUGGCAGGGCUGGCGAGAUAUGGAGGAAUAUGCACGAGAGGUAUUCCCCGUAGAAGAGGAAGCCAAUGGACUGGAUUGGAUGCUGUGA